ACAUCUGCUAAAGUGCAAGCUUCUAAAAUGCUGCCAGGACUUACUCUGCUAGUUUCCAUCUGCCUGGUGGCCAGUGCCUCCAAGGUUCCGCGUCUCAUGCUGGAUGAUAACUACGUGAACCGCGUGGUCGGAGGAGAGGAGGCUGCCGAAGGAUCGGCGCCUUACCAAGUUUCGCUGCAAGAAUCAUUCUGGGGUCACAACUGCGGAGGAUCACUGUUGAGUGAUCGCUGGGUCCUUACGGCGGCCCAUUGUCUUGUGGGGAGCAAUCCGGAUGAGCUUGAAGUGCUGGUUGGCACGAACAGCUUGAAGGAAGGAGGCCAGCGUUACAAAGUGGAAAAGCUGUUCUACCACAGUCGCUACAACAAGCCG